AUGUGGAAAAUUUGGAAGGAAAGAAAUACCAGAAUUUUUCAAAGCUCCUCCACUACACCAAGGCAGUUACAAGACUUAAUACUACUGCGUUUAAGUUGGUGGAUCAAAGGAUGGAGUGACCCCUUCCCAUAUAGUUCGGAAGAUGUGAUUUGCAACCCUGAAUGCCUCCAGUGGUCACCUACUCUCCAGCAGCCCAACACUCUACACACACUUCAGUCAACACACCAACGGUCUCCUCCACCCAAGGACACCCUAAAAUGUAACGUUGACGCAUCACUGAAUUCCACCCUUCACAGAUUAUCAAUUGGAGGUGUUCUCCGCGACUCCAAUGGCAGCUUCAUUUGCAUGUUCUCCACACCUAUGCCAACAAUGGAGAUUAAUUCAGCCGAAGUCUUUGCGAUACAUAGAGCACUAAAAGUCUAUACAAGUAAUGACAUGCUAGCAAAUCAAGCCCUUAUUAUCGAAUCAGACUCUGCUAACGAUGUUCGGUGGUGUGGCAAGGAGCUAGGAGGACCGUGGAAUCUUCACUUUGCUCUCAACUUCAUCCGUAACACAUCCCCUAGUAGCCCAAACAUCUCCAUCACCCACAAAAGUCGUGCUUCGAACACUGUGGCAGAUGCCUUAGCUAAACAAGGCCUCGGUAGGCGGGAUGAGUUCCUAGCAUGGAUGUAA